AUGGCGACCGAGUACGCGGAGCUCAAGUCGCCGCGCGCGCCGCUUGCGGAGGCCGCCGACCGGCGCCACCCGAUGGAGACGUCGUCCUGGCUCGGCAUCUUCUUGAUCUCGUGGAUGGACAAGCUCAUCCGGCACGGCGCGACCACACCGCUGGACGAAGCCGACGUGUGGCCACUCGCACCUGCCGACUCGGCCGCGGCGCUCAGCGACCGCUUUGCUCUGCAGUGGGCCCGCGAAAAGGUCGUGCACAAGGCCAUGUGGCGCACGCUGUCUCGUCCCAGCCUCUUUACGAUUAGUCUCUACUUUCUCUACUCGUUCUUGAUGCUCCUGCAGCCGAUUGUGAUCAAGUCGCUUUUGCAGUACAUGCAAGGCAAGCCCACGUCGCUCGGCCUCGAGUCCGGGUACGGCCUCGCCGCGCUGCUCACUGCCCUCUCGUUCGUCUCGGUGACGGUCAUUGACUUUGGCCAGUACCUCUCAUCGACGCUGGGCUGCAACGCCAAGACGAUCAUCACGGACGCCGUCUACCGGAAAAGCUUGCGGCUCUCCGCGAUGGCCAAGCGCGAUCUCUCGUCCGGCGAGAUUGUCACUUUGUCGAGCGUCGACUCGGAGCGCCUCUUCCAGGCCUACCUCCUCGGCGCAUGGACGUUUGCAGCUCCUGUCGCCGUCCUUGCCAUCUUCAUCAUGCUCGGCUUUGAAAUGGGCUACCUCGUCGGACUUCUCGGUGGGCUUUUUAUGUUUGUCAUGCUCUACGUCGGCCACGUCUCGGCCGCGUCAGUCGGGAACGUUCGGUCGCGGCUCCUCGCCGUGCAAGCCGAACGCGUCAAGCUCACAAACGAGCUCCUCCAGGGCGUCCGCGUCGUCAAGAUGUACGGCUGGGAGCACAACCUCGAGGCGGCCAUUGAUGCCAUUCGCACGCACGAGCUCGCGCUUCUCAAGCAGUACCAAGGCCGGCGUAUCUUCAACACGGUUGCACUCUACUCGACGCCGAGAUUGCGUUUUUGGCGCUCGCCUACAUGA